AUGAGUCUGCGGGACUUGGUUGAUGGUGAGGCCCUGGAUGAUGAUGAGAACGACGCGGACGUGGCCGAAAACUCCGACGGUGAAGUCCAGGAGGGAACAGGCCGCGCGAAUCAUUACCAAGACUCAAGUGAAGAGGACGAGGACGAAGAUGACGAUGAAGAUGCUGCUCGCGCCGUUCGCGAAGGGUUUAUCGAUGACGAGGAUGAAGAGAUCGAAGAGCGCGCCAAACGCCGCCGCGAGAAGAAACGAUCCCGUCCUCGCGAGGAGCACCUUGACGAAGAGGACUUAGAGCUGAUCGGUGAACAUGUCCCUGGACUCAGCCGUGGGUCUGCGUCAGAGUCCAAGUUCAAGCGUCUGAAGCGAGGCAAAGAUCGUGACUCUCGGCAGCAAGCCCAAGGCAUCGACGACAUCUUCAACUCGGACGAGGAGGAUGAGGCUCCUCAAUACACUCGCACAGGCCACCGCGGCGGCCAGGAUGAAUUCGACGACUUUAUUGAAGAAGACACCUUUUCAGAUGAAGAGGGACAACGGGAGAGAGAUGAUCUCGAGGUUGCACCACCAGUCCGGCCUUCUAUGCCUGGUCUUGGGGCUACUGAGGCGGCGGGUUUGGAUGAAAACGCCCUCGAAGAUAUGCGCGCUGCGUUCGGUGAUGGCACAGAAUACAGGUUCGCCCUGGAUAUUGAAGAACAGGAGGAUGAAGAGAAGGAGGUUGAGGAAAGACAUCUUGAUCUCAAGGAUGUCUUCGAGCCAUCAGAGCUGGCAGAGCGUAUGCUGACGGAGGAUGACAAUGAGAUUCGUCUACUUGACGAGCCUGAGCGCCACCAGGUUGCUCGGAAGCCUUACAAACAUGUUGUCCUGACAGAGGAUCAGUUUCGCGAGGAGGCGGUUUGGAUCUCGAAUCUCAUGUUGCUCAAGAAACGCCUCCAGCCAGACCUGCGUGAGCCGUUCCAGCGCUCCGUGGCCAAAAUGUUGGAGUUCUUGAUUACAGACGACUGGGAGGUUCCCUUCAUUUUCCAACACCGCAAGGAUUACAUGAUUCACGCCGUCAAAGAGCCAAUCAAUGGCGCCGAUCCUGCGAAUGAGUCCGCGCAAUACAGCAUUCGUGCCGAGAAACUCUUGAAUAUGACAGACCUCUGGGAUAUCUUCGAUUACGAUCUCAAAUUCCGUGCCCUGGUCGAUAAGCGCAACACCAUUCAGAAGGCUUAUGACGGCAUUAAAAGCCUUUUCAAUGUCGAUGAUGCCAACGUGGAGGAUCUUUUGGCUGCUGCUGCGACGAUGGACGAGCUUCAAGAUGUGCAAGACUAUAUUCAUUUCCAAUAUGCUUCUCAGUUGCGAGACACAACUGCAGUCAAUGGGGAGGCGAACAGGGAGACACAACGGCGCAAAGCGACUAAUAAAUCGUUCUUCGAGCGAGUGCGAAACGGCAAAGCCUACAGCCUAGUUCGGGCGUUUGGUAUCACCGCCGAUUCUUUUGCACAGAAUGCCUCUAAAGAAGGCCGCCGGCAAUACACUGAGGACCCUACCCAGCUUCCAGAAGACCUGGCAGAUCAAUUUGUUGACACCGACUUUUCCAACUCAACACAUGUUCUCAAGGCUGCGAAGUCCAUGUUUGCUGAAGAGCUCGCACUAAGCCCCAAGAUGCGCAAAGUCAUUCGCCAAGCUUACUACAUGAAUGGAGUUGUCGACUGUUAUCGAACUGAAAAGGGCUUGCGUCGAAUCGACGACCAGCAUCCAUACUACGAAUUCAAGUACCUACGUAACCAGCAACUGAGUGACAUUGCCCGUCGCCCAGAGAUGUUCUUGCGUAUGCUGAAGGCCGAAGAGGAAGGUUUGGUUGACGUUCGGGUACGCUUCGAGAACUUUGAUCAGUUCCGUUCCCGUCUGUACGCCGAUAUUGAAUCGGACAACUACUCUGAAAUCGCCGACGCAUGGAACCGCCUUCGUCGUGAAGUUUUAGAUAUGGCCCUUGGCAAGCUGGAACGUGUCAUGAAUCGCAGCGUGAAAGAAAACAUUCGGCAGGAAUGCGAGAACCAUGUGGCCAAGGAGUGCCGUGAAAUGUUUUCGCAGCGACUGGAUCAGGCACCUUGCAAGCCCAAGGGAAUGAUCUUGGGUACAGUGCCUCGGGUCAUUGCUCUCUCCACUGGAAACGGUGUUGUGGGCCGGGAUCCCAUUCACUGGGCUUAUAUUGAAGAGGAUGGUCGUGUGCUAGAAAAUGGAAAGUUCCAGGACUUGUCAUGUGGAGAUUCAUCCCGGGGCUUUGACGAUGGUGCCCACGUUUCUGCUUUUAUGAACUUGAUCAAGCGACGCAAACCUGAUGUGCUCGGAGUCUCUGGUAUGACGCCGGAGACCCGCCGUCUCUACAAACUUUUGAACGAGCUCAUCGAAGAGAAAGAUAUCCGCACUCAGACCUACACCAAUGACCAUGACGAGGAGAUCACUGACCGUCUUGAAGUUGUCAUUGUAAAUGAUGAGGUUGCCCGACUUUACCACAAUUCUCCUCGUGCCCGCCAGGACAAUCCAGGCUUCAGUCCACUAACUCACUAUUGUGUGGCUUUGGGCCGAUACUUGCAAAGUCCUUUGAAAGAAUACGCUUCCCUCGGCCGGGAUAUCGUUUCCAUUCAGUUCAAACCCGGUCAACAACUGGUGUCCCAGGAUUUGUUGCUCAAGCAACUUGAAACCGCCCUGGUUGACAUGGUCAAUCUUGUAGGUGUGGAUCUGAACGAGGCAGUCCAUGAUUCAAUGACGGCGAAUCUUCUCCCUUAUGUUUGUGGACUUGGUCCGCGCAAAGCAGCCCACCUGCUCAAGAUUGUCAAUUUGAACGGCGGAAAUGUGGAUAACCGUGUGGAGUUGCUGGGUGUCAACGCUCAGUACCCAGCUAUGGGCGUUAAAGUGUGGAACAAUUGCGCCAGCUUUGUUUACAUUGAUUACGAGAACGCUGAUGCAGAUGCGGAUCCACUGGACAACACCCGUGUGCACCCUGAAGAUUACGAUAUUGCACGUAAGAUGGCUGCUGAUGCGCUCGAGCUGGAUGAGGAGGAUAUCAAGGCCGAGACCGAUGAGAAUGGCUCUGGGGCGAUCGUCCGCAAACUUUUCCGUGAGGAGCAGCAAGAUCGUGUCAACGACCUGAUUCUGGAGGAGUAUGCUGAGCAGCUGGAGAAGAACCUUAACCAGCGCAAACGUGCCACUUUGGAAACCAUCCGUGCAGAGCUACAACAACCAUAUGAGGAAUUGCGCAAGCACUUCGUCUUCCUCGGCACCGAGGACAUCUUCACCAUGUUAACGGGUGAGACACCCGAUUCUUUGAAGGUUGGCAUGGUGGUACCAAUUGCCAUCAAGCGGGUGUUUGAGGAUCAUAUCGAUGCCAGAUUGGACUGUGGGGUCGAAGCGCUGGUCGCAGAAACCGAAUUGGGGGUACCCUACGAGCUCUCUGUACGCAACGUCUUCCAGCAACACCAAACCGUGCCUGCCAAGAUCUUGUAUCUGAACAAGAAGACGUUUAGCUGCAAUGUGUCACUGCGAGAGGAUCAGGUCAGUAAUCCGAUCCGUCAAACUCCGGAUCUUGGCGCCGGCGACUGGGACGAGGUGCAAGAGCGCAAGGAUAAGGAGUCCCAGCAGGAGAGUACCCAGAGUAGCGGUCAGGCAAUGCGUGUCAUCAAACAUCCACUCUUUCGACCAUUCAACUCUGUUCAAGCUGAGGAGUAUCUGGGCUCUCGGAGUCGUGGUGAUGUGGUCAUUCGCCCAUCGUCUCGGGGCCACGAUCACCUAGCAGUGACCUGGAAGGUAGCGCAGGGUGUCUACCAACACAUCGAUGUUCUUGAGUUGGACAAGGAGAAUGAAUUCUCCGUUGGGCGCGUGCUCAAGGUCGGUGGCAAGUACACUUACAGUGAUCUGGACGAUCUGAUUGUCAACCACGUCAAGGCAAUGGCCAAGAAGGUUGAUGAAAUGAUUAUCAAUGAAAAACACCAAGAUGGCAGCAAGGCCGAAACUGAUCAAUGGCUGGAGACCUACACCAAGGCCAACCCUCGUCGCUCAGCUUAUGCAUUCUGUAUCAACCCUAAACACCCUGGUUACUGGCACCUUUGCUUCAAGGCCGGUGAGCACUCUCGACUGCAAAACUGGCCGGUGAAGGUCAUUCCCCAAGGAUUUGAGCUGCAAAAGAACCCAUACCCGGAUAUGCAGGCCUUGUGCAAUGGCUUCAAGUUGAUGUUUACCAACAUGAAAUCCAGUCGUCGGUAA